AUGGCUGCUGCUAUGCAGGCCACUGCGGAGGCUCUUUGCCUGAAGGACAGUGUGUUGAAUUUGCUACCUAUUGCUCACGGGGAAGCAUCGCAUUGGUGGCAAGGGGCUCGACGUCUCCUGCAGCAGGGGAAUGAUCCUAUCACCUGGGGUGCCUUCCAAGUGGAAUUUUAUAAGAAGUACUUCCCGAAUUCUGCUAGAACGGCCAAGGAACUUGAAUUACUGCAACUGAAGCAGGGUACAAUGUCCAUAUCUGAGUAUACGGAUAAAUUUGAGGAGUUAUUUAGGGUCUUCUCCGAACUUGUAAACAAUAGCCGUAUUGCUGAAGAAUGUGUGAGGAAGGCUGUUGAGGCGAAGAAUGACCAUCAGGAGUCCCACCGCAGGGAGCACAAUCAAGAGUACCCAACAAGGGGUCAAGAGUUUAAGAGAAGAGGAUACCCACAACGUUCUCCCCAAAGGCGAAAUGACCUUGCGACGAAUAAAAAUUCCCAAGAAAAAGGUAGGGAAAAACAAAUAGUGGCUGCUUCAGAUGUUUUGAGCUGUCAGAGAUGUGGAGGUCAUCACCCAAAUAGACCGUGUCGUUAUGGUUCGGGUUUAUGUUACAAUUGCGGAAGCUAG